UUUUUUUUUUUAUAGGAGAGGAAAGUACCGUUCGUGGGGUUUAGUUCAAAGAUAUUUGUUACGUAAUUCUCCAGAUGCGAAAAAAAAAGAUAAUAGUGAUAGUUUAUUACCGUUUACAUAUGAAAAAUCAAAAGAUGUUGAUAAUAAUAGUACACUUGUUGGUUCAAAAAAUUUUGAUGAUAUUGAUGAACGACCUACUUCAGCAAAUUAUUUCUCAUCUACAGGAACUCCAACGCAAUCUAGAGUUACCAAUUCACUAUCUCCAAAUAGUAUGAUUUCACCAUCAUAUUAUUCAGUAAAGGAAUUAAAUAAAAAGAUUGAUACUAGAAUCAAUCAAAAACUUUGGUUUGUAGAACAAACUUUAAAUCGUCAUUACCUUUCCGGAUUUAAAUUACGUAGAUAUGAUG